AUGGGUGAUUAUGAUUUUGCUUCAUCAGGAGAAAUUUCAGUAUAUAAAUGGAUGGACAGAGGGAAAAAACCUGUAGUUGUAGUAUCAUCUAUUCAUAAGGGAGAAGAUAUUACAGUGGUUAAGAGAAAAAAUAAUGUUGGUAUUAGAGAAGAUGUUAAAUGUCCUAAAAGUAUUGCUGACUAUAAUAAGUAUAUGGGCGGAGUUGAUCAUUUUGAUCAACUACUAGAAUGCUACAAUAUAACUUGGAAGUCUCGAAGAUGGUGGAUGAAGCUCUUUUAUUAUUUUUGUGAUGCCACUAUUGUUAAUUCAUAUAUAAUGUAUACUACAACUGUUAAACUAACCUCAAACAGAGAGAAACCUUUGACUCAUUUAAUGUAUCGUUCUUUAUUAGCUGAUGAGUUAAUUGGGCAAUUUUGUAACAGAAAAGCUUUUUUACCUAAAAAAGUUAUCCCUUCAACUAAAAGAAAGCCCACAGAUGUUGGAAGGGGCCGUAUUAUAUUAGCAGGAAAUAAUAGCAGACUCCAAAAUGUGGGUAAUCACAUGCCUAUUGCUGGAAAAUAUAAUCGCUGUAGGCUUUGUAGUACUAAAAAAAAUGUCAAAAGAUCAAAAAUCCACUGCCAGGAAUGUGAGGUUGCUCUUUGCUUGGAUUGUUUUUUGCCUUUUCAUUCACAAUAA